CUGGUUUGCUUCGUCUUUCUUUUUUGCUAUCAAGAAAGUGCUCAACCAAAAAAAACUCUCCCAGUCUCGUUCUUAGUAUUGCUAUCCUAUUUUCAUCGGCUAUAUUAUGAUGGUUGCUAAGCUAGUUUGUACCAUUUUCAUCCGGACCUGUCUCUGGGUGUUACUGGUCCCUAGCUUGACCCCUGCAAUGGAGACUAUGGAGUCCGACAUAACUUGCCUGAGAAGCCUAAAGUCCCAGCUUAAGGACCCCCAUGCCUAUCUGUCUAACUGGGUAUUUGGAAACUACAGUGACGGUUAUAUCUGCAGCUUCUUUGGUGUGCAUUGCUGGCGUAGUAACUAUAAUAAAGUGAUAAGCAUUAACCUUGGCGGGUCUGGUCUGGAGGGAGAGUUUACUAGUGAUGUUAAGCUAUGUUCGUUAAUUGAGAGUCUAAAUCUUACAGGAAACAACCUCUCUGGCACUCUUCCUUCAGACAUCUUCUCAUCUCUUCCAUAUCUUGUUACUCUAGACCUCUCCAACAACAACUUGGCUGGUAAAAUCCCUUCUAGUUUCUCAAACAUGUCCUACUUAAACACGCUUUUGCUUGAUCAUAACCGGUUCACGGGUCGCAUCCCGUCCGAGUUAGCCUCAAGUCCACGACUAAAACAAUUCUCAGUGACUCACAAUGAUCUUAAAGGUCUCAUUCCAGAAUUCACCAAUGGAAAGAUAUCUCUCUCGAGCUUUGAGGGCAAUCCGGAUCUGUGUGGUUUCCCGCUGGAUCCCUGCUCAGAUUCUUUUUAUUCCAUGGCCAUUAUCGCAGCCAACAUUGCUGCAGCUGCAUUUUUUCCUGUAGGUGUGUGUUACGGCUGGUUAUAUGAUAGCCAUAAACAGAGACAACGACCAAGAAGACGUUAAAGCAAAGUCCACUUGUUUCAGUGAAUCUUAUUGUAUCUUUUAGCACACAUACUUAUUAUAUUAUGUAACAAACCCUAAAUAAAUUUAACUUUGCAACCUUUAAAGAAAAGAAAGCAGCUAAACAAAUGGGAGCUUUAUUAUAUAAGAUUUGUAA